CCAGCGGUAGUCUCCGCUGCGACUGCAGCCAGAAGAGACAAGAAGAGAAACAGUGCGGCAGUUUGGGGACGAGCUCCACACAACAGUUUUCUGGCCUUAAACGGAUAUUUUACAGCGACUCUCAACCGAAACGAUGUGGCAGAGAAAGAGUUAACGUUUGUGAAGCAGCAGCAAGUCGAAGGAGUAAGAGGGUGAGGAAGAGCAGCUGCAGCUACGCCGUCUGCAGUUUGUUUACAUCCAUCGGCAGCAGACGGAUUGUGAACUUCUGCUGCCUUUUGUGGAGAAUCAUCCUCCCCGACUCUUUUCAGUAAACUUGAGGUGAAGCGUGGCCUGCAGCAGCUGUGGAAGCGUCACAUGGGAGUGUGUGUCUGUGUGUGUGACGCUGUGUGUUCACGCCGGACCCGACCGACAUGGCGGGCGGCAGAGAGCGAGGCUCGCGGACACAGCGGCCGUGGUCGGUUUACCGCGCUAACACCUUCGAGCUGUCCAGCGAGUUGAUCGGCCUGGCUCUGGCAGGAAAUAGUCAGGACCCGGAUGAACCUGUGCUGGAAUUCAGCGUCGCGUGCGCAGAUCUGGUGACUCCGGCUUUGGAUAGGAAACCAAACAGCUUCGUGGCAGUGAGCUGCACGACGCCGCCACAGGCCUUCUGGACCAAACACGCCCAGACCGAAGUCAUCGAGGGAACCAGUAAUCCCAUCUUCCUCAGCAGCAUCGCCUUCUUCCAGGAGUCCAACAUCAACCAUCAGACGCAGGUGAAGCUCGCCGUGUACGACGUGAAGGACCGAUCGCAGGGCACAAUGUACAUGUUGGGUUCAGCACUUUUCCCUGUCAAGGAGCUGCUGCACGAGAAGAGCCACAGAUUACAGCUGGAACUGCGAUCGGCAGAGAACCAGCGGGUGGGAAACAUCACCAUCGCAGCCUGGCAGAUGGAGGACAGAGCAGAUCAGAGGAUGUCGGUCGGACGUCUGCCAGACAGCAUCAACGGACGGACGGUGCUGCCGGUCGACGAGAGUCUGACCGAGUCGAUGGGAGUCCGAAUAAAGUACGCGUCGCUAUGCAAAGACACGCUGCUGCGCUCAGUGUUUGGCGGCACCAUGUCCAGGAUGUACCGCUUCCCCACCACCGACGGGAACCACCUCCGGGUUCUGGAGCAGAUGGCCGAGAGCGUCCUGUCGCUGAACAUUCCCAGACAGUUCGUCAAACUGCUGCUGGAGGAGGACGCCGCCAGGGUUUGUGAGCUGGAGGAGCUGGGAGAGUUAUCGCCCUGCUGGGAGAAUCUGCGGCGACAGAUCGUCUCUCAGUACCAGACCAUAAUACUCGCAUACCAGGAAACGCUGUCUGACCUCAACGACUACAGAGGUCCGUCAUUCAAAGCCAGCAACCUGAAGGCGGAAAGGAAGCUGGAGUUCAUGCCGACCAACCUCCACGUCCAGAGGAUGAGGGUGCAGGACGAGCUGGGCUUCGAGCACACCUACGAUGUGGUGACAAUCGGCGCUCCGGCUGCUCACUGUCAGGGCUUCAAAAACAGUGGACUGAGGAAGCUCAUCCAGAAAUUUGAGGAGGCAAAGAAACACGUAUAUGAGGAGGAAUGCAGUGCCCUGUCCAGCUCGCAGUCCAUCGUCUACAUCCCGCAGGACAUCGUCCGAGCCAAAGAGAUCAUCGCCCACAUCAACACGCUCAAGACUCAGGUCAGCUACUACGCCGAGAGGCUUUCACGAGCCGCCAAAGACCGAUCGGCCAGCGGACUGGAGAGGACGCUCGCUAUUCUGGCUGAUAAGACUCGUCAGCUGGUGACGGUGUGCGACUGCAAACUGCUGGCUUCGGCUAUUCAGGCCCUGAACGCAGCACGGCCCGAGUACAUCGCCUCGAAAGCGUCUCCUUCCGCCGAGUCCGAACAGGUAGUCCUCCGCAACGACCAGGACACGCUGCUGGCCAAGUGGAGCGGUUCCAACAGCCGAUCUUCACUGCACGUGGACUGGCAUGAAGAGGAGUGGGAGAAAGUUUGGUUAAAUGUGGACAAAUCUCUGGAGUGCAUCAUCCAGCGAGUCGACAAGCUGCUUCAGAAAGAGAGGAGGCCGAGUGUUGGCAGUCAGGACAGUUCCCAGAGUGACCUGCAGGGCGGCAGCACCAAGAAAGGUGAUGGGAAAAGACGAGCUUUCUGGAUCAACCCAGGAAGCAUGUCGGAGGAUUCUCCAUCAUUACCACCAUCAUCAGAUCCACCUCCACCUUCAUCACCGCCUCCAUCCUCCUCCUCCUCCUCUGCACGUCCUCCCAGCCCUGAAACCUAUGGGAGCCCAGCUGCUGAGGAGGCGUAUCCAGGCGAGUGGAGCGAGGCGCUGUAUCCCCUCCUCACCACGCUGACCGAGUGCGUCGCCAUGAUGAGCGACAAGGCCAAGAAGUCGAUGGUGUUCCUGUUGAUGCAGGACAGCGCUCCCACCAUCGCCAUGGAUGUGUCGCUGCAGUACCGCCGCGACGUCGUCUUCUGCCAGACGCUCACCGCUCUCGUCUGCGGCUUCAUCAUCAAACUGAGGAACUGUCUCCGUGACAACGGAUUUCUGCGACAGCUCUACACCAUCGGCCUGUUGGCUCAGUUCGAGUCGCUGCUCAGCACCUACGGAGAGGAACUCGCCAUGUUGGAGGAUAUGAGCGUCGGCAUCAUGGAUCUACGUAACGUCACCUUUAAGGUCACCCAGGCGACCGGCAGCUCCGCCCCCGACAUGCUGCCCAUCAUCACGGGGAACCGCGACGGCUUCAACGUCCGCAUCCCGCUGCCAGGAACCAUGUUCGACGCUCUGCCUCGUGAGAUCCAGAGCGGCAUGCUGCUGAGGGUUCAGCCGGUUCACUUCAACGUCGGCAUCAACGAGCAGCAAACGCUGGCAGAGAAGUUUGGAGACACGUCCCUACAGGAGAUCAUCAACUCAGAGAGUCUCUCCAGACUGAACUCCUACUACGAACAGUUCAAAGAAGUCCUGCCUGAGGACUGCCUCCCGAGGUCUCGCUCUCAGACGUGUCUUCCUGAGCUGCUGAGGUUUCUGGGACAGAACGUCAACGCCAGGAAAAACAAGAACGUGGACAUCCUCUGGCAGGCUGCCGAGAUCUGUCGGCGGCUGAACGGCGUUCGCUUCACCAGCUGCAAAAGCGCCAAAGACCGCACGGCCAUGUCGGUGACGUUGGAGCAGUGCCUGAUCCUGCAGCACGAACACGGCAUGGCGCCGCAGGUUUUCACGCAGGCCCUCGACUGCAUGCGCAGCAUUGGUACGAGGGAGGGGGUGAUCCAGAAGAACCUGAGCGGCUUGCUGCCGGUGCGGGACUUCCGGCUGGACCCCAGCCUCCUGUACUCGCUGCCCCUGCUGGCCCUCAGCCCCAACCUGCUGGUGGUGUGGAUCUUCCUCAGCGUGGCCUACUUCUUGGCCAAACUACGCUGCAGCUGAGUGGCCCUCAUUUGACUGAAUGCUAAACACUUGCUGGUGGAGGUGGUGGUAACGCUCUGCACCGACUCCCUGGAGUGUUUCUCAAACUGUGCCACUGUCCUGUGAGAGUGUUUGAUCUAAAGGGCUUUACACAACCAACGCCCCAUUUAUCACGGGCCCGGCCCUGCACCUCAUCUGAUCUUUGCUUGUUUAUGUCAACAGACACUUUCUGUUUCCUUUUCUUUCCUGCACGUGGACGGCAAACCUGGUGUCAUGCAAAUAUUAAGAUUAACAUUGUACCGACACAUGACAACACAGCCCCUUUCAGACAUGCUCUGCUUUCCGUUAAUGUGACGGCAACUAAACAUGUCGGCUUCAUGUCUGCAUGCUGACUUUUCUUACGAGGUCAGACCAAGUAACACUUUACUUUCCAAAUGACGCGAGUCUAAACUGAACCCGGUCACGUCUCAAUAUUCAUCUAAAACCACCACAGAGAGUAUUUAGUCUGAGUUUAUUAAAUACCUGCAGUGUCGGGCAGCACUAGAAUCCACAUUAGUGUCUCCAAGCUGUACUUUAUGCACAGCAUCAAUCAUUUCAUUCAUUAGUUCUAAACUAUCCAGGAUGGAUCAGGAUUUAACAGCAGGCCACACUGUGAACUUGUCUAGUUUAGCUUGUUUCUUCCAGCUGUUCAGGCUUCUUUCCUCUAAAUUUACUUGUCAAGUUUAGUUUGUUGCUUCCGGCUGUUUAGGACUGUUUCCUCUGAGUUUAUAAAAUACUGCCGCAGGAUCCAUAGACCUUCAUUAUUUAAUAAUGAGUUAUUUCCAACCUGGAUUAGGAUCUAACAACAGGCCACACUUAGAUGAGCUGUCAGUCAGUUUAGGUUGUUGCCUUCAGAUGUUUAGGACUGUUUCCUCUGAGUUUAUUGAAUAUCUGCAGCGUCAAACAGCAGCAAAAUCAUUUGUGCAUGUGGAACAACAGCGCUGGUGACUUCCUUAAAUACAUGUAUUUAUAAUUGUCUCGGACGUGGAGACAGUAUCAAUCAAGAUCUAGCAGCAGGUCAUACGGUUGUUUUACUGUUGAUAAAGUAGAAGUUAGACUAUCAUCGCACAUGGUAGUAUUUUCAGUAUUUAAGAAGUCACAGUUAGUUAUGUGGACAGUUUUAUAAGCUGCUGUUAGUUUAGAUUUUGUGUUUUGCCUGAGCAACAUUAAUGGAAUGUCGAAAUGGCAGAAUGCCGUCGCUUUAACGGACUGAUGAGGCAGAAAUGUUCCUUCUCUCAUGUCUAAAAGGGGCUUUUGUGUUCACACUAAACCAGCUGAUUGUAAAGUCUGCAUACGUGAAGUCAUAUGAGUGUUUUCAGCAGAGCAUCCCCCUACACCACACACACAGACAUAGCAGUACGCACUAUACAGCUUUGGAAAUAUUCAUCAGACAACUGUGAACACUGAUUACUAUCUUCUUUCCAUCUCAAAAUCUUCUUCUUUCAGACAUUAAGUGAUAAUUUAGCUAUAAAUUAUUUACAUACAAAGCUUAUGCACAAAAUAAUUAUAGUGACUUGUGAAUUUUGACUUUUUUUGUUACUAUUGUGGCUUUUUUCGUGUUUUUCUUGAAGAUGCUGUCAUUAUUUAACCACUAUGAUAACAUUCAAACAAAACCAUUUUAAAUUUAAAGGAAACAGCAGGUUAUUCCUAAAGCUCUACAUAUUUGUCUGCCUGCAGUUAGGCGGAACAAUUCCUGAAUUCGGUCAUGAUUUCUUUUUUUUUUAGUUUUUUGCAGAAUCAGGGUAGAGAAAAAGGUACAUUUUGACCACUUUUUAAAUGUGGAACAAAGAGAUAUUGAUGAAAUCUUCAUCUUUUAAGCUUAGAUUUGGUUCCAGAUGUCACAUCACAGAUGAUUAAUUCAAAGAAAACCUAAAACCGAAUUGUUAUUUUAGCAGUUUCUGGCUGAUAAAUUUCUUCCUUUUCAGCCGAUUUUGGGGUUCAGAGUUGUUAAAAUAAAUGACCAGUGUGGUUUACAAGCAGCCCCUUUUCCAAAAGCCCCAUUUUCUUUGAAUUUAUAAGAUUAUUUGAGUUAUUUUCGGUGACGACAAACGGCCAUCAGACUAAACUUCACAUACUCAGAUAUUCCUGAAGCUGUCAUUUCUCGCUGCACUUAGCAUUAGCAGUGCUGUGGUUUCACUUUCAGCUGGUUUAGUGUGAACCUCCAGGAUCCUCGUUUGUUUUCCAGUCUGUUUCUGACAUAUAUGAAAGGAAAACUGACUAAUAUUGGUGGAUUAUCACGUCUUUUUUGUGGUUAGCGCCCUCCGGUGGACAGAAUUAGCUCCUUUGUGACUCAGUGGGUGCUCUGCCUUAUUCUUCACUGUUAUAACACGACACUCGCUGAGAAAACAGAUAUAAAAAGGGACAGUUUAUUUGUGAAAUAUGUGAAUAUGUAUAAAAAUGAGCAGAUUAUAUACAGACUUUGCUUUCAGGACGGAUCGACAGUAGCUCUCAUGAGAUUUAAUUUCUGAUUUAAGCGCCGCACAAACAGCUUAUUUCAUUCGUGCAAUAGCUUCUUUGAUUUAUCGUUGUCUUCCACGUGCUUUUGCACUUAACCUUACAGGCUGAUGUAGACGAAACUGAAGCUUUGAUUUAGUGCCAAAGUCAAGCAAGCAGACUUUGGCUUUUGCAUAUUUAUAUAUAAAUAUAUUCAGGCUUUCUUUAUUUCUUUUGGUCUUCCUGCUUUCCUAGAAGAUAGAAGGAGUUUAUUUUUUUGCUUCUACUUGAGCUUGUGCACUUUCCAGCAGAUCUGGGUCGCUGACUCUGUUUACAUGCAGCUUAUUAUAUCCAUUUUGAUCACAACUAUCCAGUAGGGAUCAUUUUAGAGUAAAAAAAAAAAAAAAACAACUUGCGCUUUACUGCACUGUUUACUCAGAAGUAAAUGAACUGAACUCAUUAAAGACAUCAACCAGCCAAGAGCUCAUUAGAGAAGGUUAAAUUUAGUCCAAAAUCUUGAAAAUAAACACGUUUAAAGCACGUGAAGGCAGAAAAUUCCUUUCAGCAUAUUGAAAUUCAAGCAUUCUGAGAGGAAACUAGACUUCUUGCACCUCCUCUUGACUUUGCUUUCAUCAGGUAUGUCAAAUUAUUUUAGUUCAGGGGCCACAUUCAGCCCAGUUUGAUCUCAAGUGGGCCGGAGCAGUAAAAUCACAGCAUAAUAACCCAUAAAUAGUCACAAUUCCAAAUUUUUCCUUUGUGUUAGUGCGAAAAAGUACAUUCUGAAAGUGCUCACAUUUAAGGAAUUAUCUUUUUACAAGACAUUAUAAGCAACUUGAAAUUCUGAAGAAAAAUAAGUUCACUUUCAAUAGUAUUAUGGCGCAGUUUAUCAUUUGUACAUUACAACUUACCGAUCACAGUUUAUCUACAAAAAGGCACAAAACAUUUAGUCACAGGUAUCUGGAGCUGAAUGAUGUGGUGUUUUACUUCAAAAGGCAGACAAAAAACAACAAGACAAAAACAAGACAAAAUAUAUCAAAAAUGAGAUGCAAAAUGAUAAAAACUGGAAACAAAAUAACAAAAAAUUUGCCAAAUGACACAAAACAAAAAAAAAGAGACAAAAGUUACAAAGCGACAAAAAAAUGGACAAAGCAAUCAACUUGUCAGUGUCUAGCAAUUAUUUUAAAUUCAUAAUUUUACAAAUUUACCAUUUACAGUUAAUGUCUUCUCUGUAAUUUUUACUCUUCACAAAGUCUCCCAGCGGGCCGGAGCGGACCCUCUGGAGGGCCAGUUUUGGCCCACGAGCUGCAUGUUUGACACCCCUGCUUUAGAGGUUUAAAUAAUUCUUAAGUAUAACUGAUGACUGUAAAGUUUAAGUCUCUCCCCUCUAAUGCUGCCGAUGAGAAACCUCUCCUGCUCACACUGUGCAUACCUUGCAUACUUUGCAAACAAGCAGAGCGUCGUGACCCACUUUCUAAAGACAGCGUGGUUGAAUGUGCCUUUUCCUGUGCAGCAGGUUGUAGCAGAAACAGGCAGCUGGAGGUAAAAAAAAAAACUGUCAGGACAAGAUUAUGUAAGAAAAAUUACAUUUAACACCUUCGUUGGAGGAAAAAAGAGAACAAACGCUCUGCAGCAGGAGAUCCUCUGCUUACAGAUUCCCCUAAAAGUCAGUAAGGGAUUAUUGUUUAAGAUUUAAAAACACUAUGUGGGUCUGCAGCUCCAGUUUUAGUAUCUAAUAAAACAUUGCAAAAAUCCUAUGUAGCCUGGAGUGUACCGGCAGAAUGACUGUAGACAAAAUAAAAAGCGUAAUUAAAGUUUCUUUCAAACAAUCCAUUGCUUUAAAAACUAUAUUUUAACACCUUAUUUUUCGUGCAAUUAUGAAACACAGAAUUAGUUUUUUCAUGAAAGAAUCCAACGUCCAGAAAUCUAGAAGGGCUACAACCAGAACUUAUUAAUAUUCCCUUUUUUUUUAUUAGUUAAUCAGUCAAUUAUCAAGUCUAUGAAAUGUCACAUCUAAUUUAAAUGGAAAAAAAUGGCAUUCACAGUUAACCAUCGUUAAGAUUUUUCCUCGACUGUCACACUGACCGCAAAUCCUCACAUUCAGGAAACAGAAACUGCUUGAAAAAUGAUUAGUCAGCGACCAAAAUGGUAAAAAUUACUCGCGGUUAAAUGAAUAUUCACCUGUACUCGCUGCACCUCUGAGAUUUCUGGUGCAUGCUAGCAUCUUGAAGCUUAUUGUUUUGUAUUUUUGUCUACAAAUUUACUUUAAUUCACCUCGUUAGCAGGUGCACGCUGCUCGUUAGCAUCAUUCAGGAGAUGGUGGAGACCAAACAUGGAGCUAAAAGAGAGUAAAUAUUGGACUUACAUUCAUUUUGGGUCACAAACUCAGCUACUAAUGAAUGCUAAUGUUACUGCAUGUCUUCUGGAUGUGUUAAAAGAUUAGAAUUAAAUUAGUUAAUAUUUUCAAUUUUUCUUUUUGACUGUGGUAUUAUGUAAUAAUUAGUUUUCAGUUCAUUUAAAAGCAGCUCCUCUUAAUCAAGAGAUAUUUAAAUCCAGCUGGUAUUUUUCAAGAGCUUUUUCUAGCACCUGCAAGAUGAUGUCUAAAAUGUAAAAGGAAAAAGGACCAAAUUAACUUUAAGGUUAUUCGAGAGCCAUUAUGACUGAAUUCUUUCAACUCUUUUGGCUGUUCUUGCCCGGCUGAGUGUCAUUUCUGGGUUCAGUUCAUCGAUAAAAGCUGCGAUAAUGUUAAAUGUCGUUGCUGCUAUUCAGAUUUUUUUCCCAGCGAGCUAAACUGGGUACAGUAAGUCAGCGUUUCGGCCCAAAUCUGCUCUUCAGCUUUCAUGACGAUGCAGUAAAGAUCGGCUCCGUCUUGCCAAUUGACAAAGCCGAAUCUUUGUGUUUUGUUUUUAGGAUGCAGCUUCUAAUUGGCUAACGUUGGAAUGUACGUUUGUAGGAUAUUCAGGGGAAUUGUGUUUGAUUAUGCAGAAUAGCACUGCAGGUUGUACAGCCUUUAGAGCAUUUAACUGUACCUGUACCAGCUAUUACAUUCAUAUAAGCUUUAUCAGGUCCAUUUGUGUAGAGCAAAGGCACUGACUUUAUUUUAUUCAUGAAUGAAGGAGGGAUGUAUUCAUUGUUGCGCCAAAAGUCAGGUUUUUAGCACAUUAAUCCAGGUAAAACAAGUAAAAAAAACACACUAAAAAUAUGUGUUUCUCUUGUUUCAGGCGUUUUUGCAUCACUUUACUGCAAUAUAAUGCUCCUGUUGGUUUCUCAGUUGGUCUAUUAAUGUUUUGUCCAUAAGAUGUCAGACAUUUGUUUGUUUUAGUUUACAAAUACUCCAAAACCCAAAGAAAAAAACGGCAAUUUUCACAUUUUAGAUUCUGAAACAAGCUAAUUUUUGCAAUUUCUUCUUGAAAAAUUACUAGAAUACUGAAUUGAUUGUCACAUAAUUUGCUGAUUAAUUUGCAUAUUGUCUAAUCAAAGAGAGCUUUCUAGAAAAAUAUGUUAAUUUUUCAUGUCCCCUGUUACUAAAAUGGUAGUAUAUUGUGGAAAAUAAGAGUUUAUUUAAGAGUAUUUCCCAAACAACUAGCAGUAAUACCAUUUAACCCCCAGUGAAGUAUGAAAAUUACACUCCUAAAAUACUAAAACAUGGUUUCAAACCAAUUAUUGGUUGUCAUGGAGCCUGCAUUUUGGAUAAAACCAUUAAACAAACUAAGAAACUGGGCAUUUAAAAGCAUUUAAAGAGUAUGGAGGCAGAAGCACUGAAGUUUUUUUUUUUGCUCACUGCAAACCUGCAAUGUAGAAAUCAAUAUCUCGGCCCGUGGAGCUAAAUGAAAGCGUCAGUCGGCUCCCCGGAGUUUGGAGGCGUCGUCUCAUUAAGAUCGACCCAGUAAGGAAAUGGAUCAGACCAAAAUAACCUCCUGUGGGAGUUCAGCUGCUCCCAUGACCUCCAAACAUCCAAAACACUACAAUCAUCCAGCGUGGACAGUAGCGUCUCCAUUCCAUCCCCGAAGAUUAAAUAGAAAUAUUCUGUCCAGCACUGGGUUGUUAACAUUUCUGGGUUAUUUCGGUACAAUAACAGUGCUGUGCUUUACAUUUAAAGGAAUAGUUUGAUAUUCUGGGAACAAUUCACUUGCAGAGAGUUUAGUGAGAAGAUUGACACCACUCAAUAAAUAAGAAGCCACCACCAGCUACUAGUUAGCUCAAUUAUACUAAUUUCAUUGAUUACCAAAAAAUUGUGGGUCAAAAAGAUGCAAUAUGUUCCGUUAAUUAAAGAGCUUUGAGCUACUAGUAGGAGGAAUUUCUUUCCUUUCAACAGGCCAAAGCUAAAUGCUUUUAAAACUUUUUAUUCUCUCAUCGACCUUAAAGAGAAACGUCUCAGUUUUGCCAAUUUUUGUUCCUUAUUUUGUUUUUUUAAAUGCGAGGAAUCCAGAUGUAUCAGAGAAUAUAUUUAUACCGCUGUACAUAAACUAUAUUUAAAUGCUUGUAUUGCCUAAAUGCUUUAUUUAUUCUACUACCGUUUGCAAUAUAUUGUCUUAAGUUGUUCCAAAGCAGAGUAUAACUAUUGAAGAUUAUUAUGCUUGUGCCAUAUCUGUCACGCUGUCGUCACUUUAAUAUAUCUGUUGUGAUAAUCUCGCUUUGAAAUACAUAUUUAUAUGUUUUUGUUUAUAGUGACUGUUGCCCUAGUGACAGUUUGCAGAUAUUUUAAACCUCUGAGCCUUCUUGUUAAAUGAAAGAAUAAAUAUUAAGUUUUUUUGUAAUAUUGGACAUGUACAUUAACAUUUCUGUCAAUAGGAUCAUAAUUGCAAACUGUUAUUGUUAAAAUGAAGGUAAAAAGCUCUAAUUUAAUGCUGGUGUGUCUACAAAGUGUCUCUAGGAAAGGUGUUGUUAGAGGUGUUUUAGUCCUAAAUGACGUUGAUUUGCACUGUUUUUGCGGCUCUUUUGGUGUGACAUUCGACACCAAACAGGAAACCCUGACGCUGGAUUGUCAUUCUUUGUGUUUCUUUUGGACUCGGCAGCAGUUUGGUGUCAGAGAACUUCAUGUCCCAUCAUCCACGUUGCUCUAAAUGUACCACAAACCCAAGAAAACCUCCCGUCAGUGCGUCCAGACGGUCACACUCCUGCUGAAAUAAAUGCUUGUGUGCCUCCGGUGGCCCAACAGACUUCA